AUGGCGGCCUGGAUGCCCGCGAAGAAAGGCGAGACCAAGAGCUACGAGCAUACCGCAGACGCUAGUACCAACACCGAUCACAGGAUGAACCCGUAUGCGGCCACCUCCAUCCCAGCGGAGACCAACGACAGUCAUGACUACCUGGAGGCAACUGCGGCCCGACAUGCGGCAUCUUACCCCGACAUCGCAUACGUCAAACAGGCCAUCGACAACGCCAUCGCAGCGGCGCGCGGGCAUGCGGGCGCGCGGGCGAACGGGCGCGCGGCAGUCGCGUGGGCGCGCGGGCGCACAGGCUCGGUGGACGUGAGCGACGGGGUUGUCGCCAUCAUCGGGCGCGACGGCAGCCUGAUGGCGCAGCUGCACCUCGAGACGCCCGAGGACCUCCAGGCCUGGGCCGACGGCCUGCGGGCCGCGGUGGCGGGCGGCGGCGCCGGCGCGGGGCCGCGCGGCGGCGCGGGCGGCGGCGCGGCGCCGCAGGAGGAGGACACGGACGAGGACGUGGUCUUGCUCCAGGCGCGCAGCCGGCAGCUGCAGAACCGCAUCGGGGAGCUGGAGGGUGCGGGCAAGCGGCAGGACCGUCAGCUGCAGAAGGGACUCGCAGAUUGCAAGAAGCUUGGCGAAAGAGUCCAAGCCAACGAGGCCAAGAUGGCCCUAUUCGAGGAGAGCACCAACAGAAGCUUCGCCGAGCUCCGCUCCAAGCUAGACGCCAUGAACUCUGGCAUCCCCACGGACAAGGCCGACGUCCUCAUCAAGCUGCAGGAGCAGGUCACCACGCUGAGCUCGCAGCUGAUGCAGACGCAGUUUGAGGCGCACUACUCGGUCCUCAGGACCAAUCUUCCAUCUGAGCUGGCAUCCAAGGUGACGCCGAAAUACCAGAAUUUCAAGUACUCGUACGCAAUCGACUUCGAGAGCAAGGCCCAAGCCGACAGCUGCUGGGGCCACUUCAAGGGCAUCACGAUGAGGUGGAUCGACCCGCGCACCUCGCUGACCCACGACCUUCGGCUCGGCAAGGACCAGCCAUUGCCCGUGCGGCACAAGGCCUACGCGCUGGGACUCGCCUACAACAUCAUCCAGACUGAGAUGAGGAGCAAGGAGUUGUGGAACGCAGCCUCCAUGAAACUCGGCACCAACCCGUUCCAGGGCAUCCUCUACUUGAUGGAGAACGGCGACCCAUUCGAGAUGGUCAAACUGAAGGAGGUGAUCGGCAACGGCGACGGACGCUUCGAGAUCGACGUCGACGCUGAGAGCUUCAAGCACUUCCGUCUGGAGGAAUCGUUCACGAACGGGCUCUCGGACCGUGUCCAGCCCACGGUAGGGGGCACCACUCUGGCCAGGCACUUCGGCGCCGUCUUCCCGUCCUUCUGCGAGAUUGCGCAGACGGACUGCACCCACAGGACUCAAGUGCGCAACGUGGUCACCUCGGUCGCUCGGCUCGACAGGAUCUACACGAAUGCCCCCACCGGUGAAAUAUUAGACUGGCACCCCAAAUCUGGAACAAUUGGUCUCGCACACAACGUCGAUGAGGUGUCCGAUCACAUUCCUGUGUUUCUGCUGCUGUCUCCUGGGUCCUCGAAGAGCCAGAGCAUCCCUAGGUGGGUCUCUGAGCAUCCCGAGUUCGGUCAGGUGAUUGAAUCCCUCAUCGAAGAAGUAGGCCUCGACGGCUCCCCCUUCCAGCAGCUGCGCCUGCUGAAGGACAUCUUUUUCGCCGCUAGGGAGGAGCUGACACAUCGGAUGUUCAAGGGCGGGGUCCUGACCGACAAGCAAAAGAUCGCUGUGUGUUUAAAAGCCAUGAUCUCGCGAAGCUGCCUAGCGCUGAGCACGGUUUACAGGAAGUUGAGCAGCAGCGAACUCGACUUCACCAGCGUCUGA